CCGCCGCCGCCGCCGUCUGGCCGGAGCCGAGUCCUCUCCCCUCCCGAGCUGUGGGCGCCCGCGGAUCUAGGCCGGGGACGCUGCCUUAUCUGCGAUCCGCGCACAAAGGCGCCGACUCCGUGUCCGGGUCCGAGUCCGGGUCCGAGUCCGGGUCCGGGGCGAGAAGAGCGGCCACUGCCCGGGAGCAGCGCGGAGACGCCCGGCGCGCCCUAUGCCCCCGCGCCCCCGCCGCGGCCGCCGGAGCGCACCGGGAGGACGCGCCAUCGCGGGGCCCGGGCGCAGCUAGCGGCCCCCUGCGCCCCCUUUCCCUCCUCCCCGAGCCCGAGGUGAGCAGUGAGCGGCGAGCGGGACGGCAGCGAGGCGCCCGCGGGCCCCCUCCCGCUGCCCGGCCCCGGCCCCGGCCCCGGCGCGCUCAUGGCGGCCAUCCGCAAGAAGCUGGUGGUGGUGGGCGACGGCGCGUGCGGCAAGACGUGCCUGCUGAUCGUGUUCAGUAAGGACGAGUUCCCCGAGGUGUACGUGCCCACCGUGUUCGAGAACUACGUGGCCGACAUCGAGGUGGACGGCAAGCAGGUGGAGCUGGCGCUGUGGGACACGGCGGGCCAGGAGGACUACGACCGCCUGCGGCCGCUCUCCUACCCGGACACCGACGUGAUCCUCAUGUGCUUCUCGGUGGACAGCCCCGACUCGCUGGAGAACAUCCCCGAGAAGUGGGUGCCCGAGGUGAAGCACUUCUGCCCCAACGUGCCCAUCAUCCUGGUGGCCAACAAGAAGGACCUGCGCGGCGACGAGCACGUCCGCACCGAGCUGGCCCGCAUGAAGCAGGAGCCCGUGCGCACGGAGGACGGCCGCGCCAUGGCCGUGCGCAUCCAGGCCUACGACUACCUCGAGUGCUCGGCCAAGACCAAGGAGGGCGUGCGCGAGGUCUUCGAGACGGCCACGCGCGCCGCGCUGCAGAAGCGCUACGGCUCGCAGGGCGGCUGCAUCAACUGCUGCAAGGUGCUCUGAGGGCCUCCCGGGCCGUCCCUCCCCCCCGCCGGGGACCCCACACCGGACCGACCGCCCAUCCGGCGUCUGCCUUCCCGCCCGGCACCCCCGAAGUCCAGCGGCGGUGACCCUGGAGCCUGGAACCGGCGUGGGAAGGCCCCGCGCGUCCCCUUUCCAGUGUUCUGUGCGCCCGGUCCGGCUGCUGCGUUGCACAGGCCCAGGCGCGCCCUUACAACCGAGUGCCAAGGGGGGACCCCCCUGAGCACCCUUUUGGGAAGAGCCAAGCCUCUUCAGAGUGUGUGGCUGUGUGUGUUGGACUCCCCGCACCCCGCCUCCCGCAGCCCUAUGCUACCCCCCCUCCAUCCCCGCCUCCGGUCCCGGGAGAGGAGCUUGGUGCCCCGGUGCUGCCUGCCGCGCCCCAUCCCAUGUUCGAGCGCCUGCCGUCUUCUGUCUGUAACAUAGACCACGGGAACUGCGUGCUGCGGGAGGGCAGGGCGGGGUGUUAUAUAAAUAUAGAUAUAAUUUUAUUUUCGGAGGCAGGAUGCUGUUAUUUAAUGGUGGUGGUGGGUGGAGUGACAGCUCUGGGGCCGGCGCCCGCCCAUCCAAGCAGGAACAGGACUUGGUCAUCCUUCCAGCCCCCGGGGGAAGACGGUUGCAACUGACGUGGGGCUGCGAGGACACAGCUUCCAGACUGACACAGUCGCCUGCAGGCCAGCCUCCAGCGAAACCCCUGGCCAGCCCCGGGCCUGGGGAGGGGAGAGCAGAGCGCGCUGCUGCGGGCUGUUUUUGCCAUAAGCGAACUCUGUGCCUGUCCUACAAGUGAAAUAUUGUUCAGUUCAAGAACCCGAGGUUUUCGAUUUAUUUAAAGGCUUUCAAACCUGUUGUUUUUUUCCUUUGGAAAGAGUUCUUUGCACAAUUGUUUCGUGGACACUCCCAUGCACUUGUCAUUUGUGUAAGACAGUAGCAUUCUGACCACACGUGUACGCUGUAACCUCAUCGACUUCUGAUGUUUUAAAGGAAAAGUGAUGAUGAUUUCUAAAAUGAGAGGAAAAACAAACCACUAACUUUUAUUUUGUUCUCUUGAAAAAAAAAAAAAUGGCAAUGCCGUCUUGCGGUUUGGUUGGUGCAGGUAUGCGCCCUGUUGUGAGAAAGGGCAGUAACAAGCACUGGGGCCCAUUGAACCCCUCUGUCCUUCACCAGGCGGUGUCUAAAGCGAUGUGAACAUUUCUCAGAGAACGAACCUGCCCCCAGCCUUCUUCCUCCCCCACCCUCCCCCACCCCAGUGGUACUUCUACUAGAUUGUUGUCUUGUUUUUUAUUUUUAAAAAUAAACUGACAAAUGACAAAGUGGUGAGCUUAUGAUGUUUACAUGAAAGUUCUAUAAGCUGUGUAUACAGUUUUUUAUGUAAAAUAUUAAAAGAUUAUGAUGACGACAUU